AGCUUUACUCUGUUGGUUUACGAUUUGCCAACAACGGUAUUUUUCUAAGCGAGUGCACUGUAGAUUGCAGCCAUUUCUGUCAUCGCUCUGUAUCCUGAGCGUUGUUUGGAAGAAAUAUCUCCUGUCCUAACACAAAGUUAGGAGUAACAAGUUAGAUUUUCUUCUUGUUUUCUCGGCUGGCUUGCUUGCCUGCCAGCCCAAUCUCGUCGGGAUGGACCCAGCAAGCCGAUACCAAGUGUUGCACAAUGAGGAUGACUCUUCAGAAGCCUCAACCAGCGAGCAGCAGCCGUGCACGUCUGCCACAGCCCAGGCCGGGACGUCCAGCCAGGACCAGAGCCAGGCCCAGGCCAGCCCGGCGCCUGCCCCAGAAGCAGGGGAAGCAUCGGGAUCAAGGACUCAGGGGGAGGCAGAGGCGCCUCCUCCUUCUUACGCCUCCAUUGACCUGGGAGCAACCGCUGCAGCACCUGAGACUAGUUUCCGAAGUGACUUCCCAGUGCCUCCACCCUACAGCGUCGCCACGUCACUGCCCACAUAUGACGAAGCGGAGAAGGCCAAAGCAGCCGCCAUGGCUACCUCCACUGUGGAGGUGAUGCCACGGGAUGAUGAAUUCCCUCCCAGAGACGAUUUCAGUGACGCUGAUCAGCUUCGAGUUGGAAACGAUGGAAUCUUCAUGUUGGCCUUUUUCAUGGCCUUCCUGUUCAACUGGAUCGGAUUCUGCCUUUCGUUCUGUCUGACCAAUACCAUUGCAGGACGCUACGGAGCCAUCUGCGGCUUCGGACUUUCCCUCAUCAAAUGGAUUCUUAUCGUCAGGUUCUCCGACUACUUCACCGGCUACUUUAAUGGUCAAUACUGGCUCUGGUGGAUCUUCCUGUUGCUCGGUCUCCUGCUGUUCUUCAGGGGUUUCGUCAACUACCUUAAAGUCCGCAACAUGUCAGAGAAUAUGGCCACCGCUCAUAGGACACGCCUCUUCUUCCUCUACUAAAAGGUUUCCACACCAUCACCAUUCCUUUCCAAUGUGAAGUUCCUUCCCUCCCCCUCGAAUGACCUGACUGAGGAGCCUUGCGGUGAAGAGAGCAGACGGGGAAGGAAUGAAGGAAAGAAGUAGGGAGAAAGUGUUACCAGUCUCAUUAAAAGCAUGACACGACUCACUCUGAAGUUUCCACUUCUGAACCGAGCUGAAAAACAAGUCUUUGAUGAUAAGAUCCCUUCCCUGGCUUUUAUUUUAUUUUUUCAUUUUCCUUUGAUUCGAAGCUCUUAACGCAGUCUGCUCUAGGAUCGUAUGAAAAAACCAGUCUCACAUAUGUGUCAUGUCUCUCAAGAGCUUUUAAGAUACACAAACUUAGUUACCUGAGGCAAAUUCAGCUGACCCUUAGUAUGAAGAGGGUUGUUCAAAAUGAGAUAUCCAAUAUUUUAAGAGUCACAGAAACACUAAAUGAAAGCACAAUUAAACUAUUUCAACGAAACGGCGUCUUAAAUGUAGGAAACGCAUACAAAUAAAAGGAAACUAAGUUACUGUAGCUCAUUUUGAUGAAAUGGCUUUCCCUGUGUAAACAAACAGUAAGCAAAUCAGCUUAUGAUUGAAUGAGAAACCCUCUAUGUCUAUAAAGUAGCAUUUGGAAUUUGAAAAUGUGUCGGAGCCUUUGAUAUUCAAAUUUCCCCUACGAGUUUGCCUUGUUUGUCUCCGACUUUUGCGACAAACAUCAAGCAAGGAUUUCAAACUGAGUGCAGCCCGUUUGUAGUUCCGUGUAUUUCACUCUGACCUAUUGCACAUUAUAUCUUGAACAGUUUUAGUUUUGCCAUUACAGCUUUUUAAGUUCAGGGUGUUUUGAACGAGUCUUACUUUUACCGUGAUGUAGCAUUUUUUACGCCCUCAUUGAUGUGUCGUGCAGCCAAAGUCAAUCUACUUUAGUUGACACUUUGACAGUGUGCAUCCUACUAACAUCUCAGCCUCUCCAUCCCCUAAAAUAUUGAAAAUUAGAUACCGAGAUGGUAAGAUUUUCGUCGUAAGGGCACUCAAAUGUGCAUGUGUGAGGAAAACCAGAUAUAUGCAUUGAUCAGUUUACAUAUCACACACCCUGAUGCAUUUAGUGUUUUUAAACCCAACACAACUUGCCCAAGCUUCAUUCCUGUUGACCUUUUGCUUUACUGCGACCAGACAUGGCUCAAAAUAUGACCCAGGACAGAAAACAGCUUGGAAUGAAUUGAAACUCUUUCUUAACAUUCACAUUUGUUUUAAAACAACCAAUCAGUUGAAUGAGGCCCUGGCCGUUGGCCUUUGGAUGAACUAGCUGAAAUUAUUUUUUUCUAUAAUCUCUGAGCUAUUGAAUAAGUGGUUGAAAUGACAAACUAGAAGCAUUUACAAAAAUAGUUUUAUAUGAAGGAAAUGGCCAGGAUGGCCUGUAAAAUGUGUCAUUUACAACAGAAACAAAAAAAAUAUUUUAAACGUCAUCUGAAAUAGAUACAUGUGUACAAACAGAUCUCCAGAAAUAGCCCCCUUCUUUGCCUUUUAAUGAUAAUUGUCACGCUGACCUGACCUAUGCAGUAAAUUUUUAUCAUGCCAUUUUUAGAAGAGGAGGGCUACAUUUACCUCUGCACUGGUUGGCAUCUUCUUGAAAAGACAAAUGAAAAGAACGUUUCAAAUAUGCCUGCCUAGCUACCAAAACUUAAUCAUCUGUUCUUAACCUGGGGUUCAGUUUAUCGCAACAGCUUUCCUCAUUCACCUGUAAAACAUGAUAUACACCUGCUUUUUUUUCUCCACACUGAUUGCCAAAGACGUCUGGCAAAACGAUACCUGUAAGCUACAGAGGAGCGCAGCUAAUCAGUGGAGGCUCCUUGGAUAAAUCAGUGCUUUUGGGCCACUUGGGCUGCUCCGGUCGGUCGGUGGACAGUGGCCCAAAAGCAGGACUGUGAGGGAAGUCCGCCUCAUAUGCGUCUCCUGCUUCGGUGCUGUGGAAGUGCAACUGAUAGUAACCUUUUUACAUACAGCGCAGUUACUGUUACUUGCCAGGCUCGAGUAAAACUCUUUGGAAUAAAAGAGUCAUAUGCAAUUUAGUUAUUUGUAGUGACCUACAACAGUUGUGGAUGUAAAGUCCUGUGGUAAUGGAAUAGUUGAAGAGUUGAGUCAUCAGAGAUUGAGAUCCGGUUCGGUCCCGAGUAAAGUGGAUGUACGUUUUUGGAUGAAGCUGAGGUGCGCAUUGAACAAGCUGCACAGAAAAAAGUAAGUGUGUGUGUGUACUGUACACACUUGCCAACAAUUUUAAUUCGCAGUAAAUCGGAGGAAAAUGCAAUAAAACCAAUUAAAAUGUGACUGGUUCUGCGCUCUAUGCGUGGUAACCAUGGAAACUGCUUCUGUGCACUACUGUAUCCCUGUCGGUACAACUGUAUUUUCUUUGAUGCUAACCACACACUGUUAUUGUUGAUAGCUAAAGUUAGCAUAGUUGUAACUUUAUAGCCUAGCUUAAGUUAAAACUAUAUGUAACGUAGGCUUGGGCGGUAUCAUGUUAAUAGCGUAUACCAGGGGAUUUAGAAAUCCCGAAGGUAUGAUUUUCAAUACCAUCAUCAAUGCAAACGCUCCUCUUUCUAUUAAACUGAUAUGGAGAUAAUGAUAUAAUAUAAUUAUCUUUAUUUAUUUAGCAUUUUUCUUAACAAUGUUACAAAGUGCUUUACAAACAGAAAUAAAACCAGACAAGGCAGAUAAAAUGAGAAUAAGGCCAAAGAACAUGAGCAAAGAGGAAGUAAAGACCAAAAUGAGAAGAUCAAAUGAAUAGGAGUAAAAACAAUUUUAAAAAAAAAACAUAUCAAGCAUUCACAAAAAGAAAAGUUUUUAGAAGCAAAUAAAAUAUGACGACAGACAUUCAAAACUUCAUUCGAAAAUCUCAAUAGAACUUCGAAUGUGAAUGAAAAAAGAUAUUCGGUACAGCAUUACAAGUAGGCUAAUUGCAUAUUAGACACAGCAUUGUAGGCUAGACAAUGUCAUACAUGCUACAAUUUUUAUCACCAGCAGCUCAGCUUUUACGUUGUUUUUUUUUUAAUAUAUACCGUUAUAUCCUGGUGAAAUGUCAGGGAGGUAUGAAAAAACAGAUGGCGCCCAAGCCUAAUGUAACGUUACCUGAUACAGUCUUGCACCGAUGCUCUGCCAUGCGAAAGCCCUCCGUGUUUAUGUCCCGAUAACUGUUUAGAAAACAGUUAUAUAUUUCAGGGAACUCACAAAACAGCAAGGAUAAGUCUCUCGCCAGUCUGCGCGUCGCAUAGAAAAAGACAAUUCACUGUGACAGUUUCACGGGAUUGUGCCCACUUGUCGCUCUGCCUGUCGGAUUGGCCGCGCCUCCCUACCUGCCCGCUCGCCUCUCAUUGAAAAUGAAUCACUAGGCGUGUCAAUCGCCCCCUGUCUGAAAAGACCUUGAUUUGGAGAAACCCAACACAUGCGUCUCUCUCUGGGGAAUAUGGCUUUUAUGAUUAAAUUCAAAUGUUUUCCUUCCUUUUUCUUUUCAUGGAGCUUUUUGGUGAUGUAACGAAGCUCCUAUUGGGGAGGUGGCUUCUGUGUGGAGAAAACACCUUUUUAUUAUGUGACUAACUGAGAACAAUGUCAGCAGACGUUGUCAUUUCUCGUGAGUGUAACAGCGGUGAAGUCAGGGGAUACUGUCCAGUGUGAAUGGAGUACGGGAGUAGCCUCUGAGCUUGUGUGCCAUGAAAAUGGAGCCUGACUGGACAAAGAAAAACAUGCUUUUUGAUUAUUUUUCAUCCAGAAAAUGAAAUGUAUAUACCAGCUUAUGCCAAUUCAUAAUAUUUGCACUUUGAAGAACUUCUGUACAGUAUGAUUUGUGAAUCUGCUUAACUUGGUGUGGUGGGUAGAGAAAAGAAAAAAAAAUGUUAGCCAUCCAAGUUUUUAACUGGAAUUCUUAAUCAUCCCAAAUGGAUUAUUUGCCUUUUGCACUUUUUAUUUUUCAAAAUGAUAAUGUUGUUAUUGUGUGUCUUGUUUCAUCGCUUUUAGCCUAAACUGUGACAGCAUAAGUAUUGCCCAACUUUUUUUAUGCUUUUCUUUUUUUGACUCUGGUCAUAUCCCAUUAAAACCUCUUUCAGCAAUAUCAACAUCUUUCAACAAAUUAAAGCUCUGCUGCAUGAUUUAUCCGCCUGAACGAGUGGGGUAAUAUUAGGAUUAAUCUCGUACAAAUACAUUUCUUUGUAAAUAAAUGAAGAAAAAAAUGAGAUGGCAGCCAAAACAUUUUUUGUCCAAGAUAAUCCUUUUAACAUCUUUUGAAACAGUUGUUAUGCAUUUAUCCUAACUGGAAUAAAAUUGACAGAUGAUGUCUUGCAAAAAUGCCAAUAAAGUUCAAAAGCCUGCCAGUUCA